GUGCAUGCCGGGAGGGGUCGGAGCCCGAGCCGGCCCGGCCGGUGCUGAGGGGCCGCCAUGAACGGGGCCGUGGUGCGGCGCACGCAGGAGUUGCUGGGGCGGGUGAUCCGCAAACCGCCCCUCACCGACCGGCUGCUCAGCAAGCCCCCCUUCCGCUACCUGCACGACGUGAUCGGCGAGGUAAUCAGAGUGACAGGUUUUAUGAAUGGGCUUUACACAGAUUUUGAGAUGAAAUCUGAUAAUGUUAAGGAUAAAGAUGCCAAAAUCAGCUUCCUCCAGAAGGCUAUUGAUGUUGUCAUAAUGGUAACAGGGGAGCCAUUGUCAGUGAAGCCAGCACGUAUUGUAGCUGGGCAUGAACCUGAAAGAACCAAUGAGUUUCUCCAAGCAAUUGGAAAAUGCUGUCUCAAUAAGUUGUCCAGUGAUGAUGCUGUGAAGAGGGUGCUUGCUGGGGAGAAAGCGGAUAUCAAAGGAAAGCCUCCAUCUACUUCUAAAUCUCAAGAUAAAGAAAAUAGAGAAUCCAGGGCAGAAGAACAAAAAAGCCAUAAGGAUAAAGAGGGCAGAGGAGACAAUGAAAUAAAAGAUAGAAGUACAAGCCGAGACAGAAAACCUAGAGAAGAGGUGAAAGAAGAAGAGAAGAAGCAAAGAGAAAAGGAAAGAGACAAGCAUAAAGAUAAUGAGGACAGGCACAAAGACCUUGAAGGGGGCAAUUUUAGAGAAGGUGAAAAACAUGAAAGAGAGAAAAGCAAGAACAGAACAUCCAAACGAGGAAGAGAAACAGAAAAAAGCAGAGAAAAAGACACAGGAGAUCUGGAACGAGAAAAAGAUCUGGAACGUGAUAAAGGACGGGAGAAGGAAAGAAAAAAUGAAGGAGGAAAAGAAAAGGAAAAAUUGAAAGAAAGGGACAAAGAGAAGGGCAGGGACAUAGACCGUGAGAAAGACAGAGAUAGGGGAAAAGACAGAGAGAGGGACAGACGAAGGGAUCGAGGCAAAGUCGGGGAACGCUCGAAAGAACAAGGAACGGUUAAAGCAGAAAAAAAGUCCACAGGAGCUGAGGAUACUUUAACUAAGAAAACAGAGAGAUCUUCUAAAGACACCAAGACUGAGCCAGAUAAAGAGAGUGAAAGUCCUGCAAGAAUACCGAGGCAGUCUUCAACAAAGGGACCCAGGCAACGAGUCAAACCUGGAGCGGAAGGAAUAGUGGAAACGAAUAGUCCUGCAGAUAGUGUUUCAGAUGAAAAAGCAGCUAGCAUAUUGCAUGCAAAAGCUGACCCCAGACCUGCAAUAAAACACCAAGGGGAAUCUGCCAGUGAUGCAGAAGGAGAAGCUGGAAACCGUGCCUCUGAGAAGCCAAUGGUGUCCGAGAAUGGCGAAGUAUCUAAUGAUCUUCCACCUCACGUCAACCAAAGAAGACCACCACGUCCCAAUAGUGCCAGGCCAGCUCCCCCCCGGAUAAAACGACAAGAAAGUACAGAGGUUUUACUUCCAGAGAGGAAUGGCAGCGGUAAAGCCGUCUCAAACGUGAUCAUAGACAAACAGAAUUCUGACGAUGAGGAUGAUCAGUUUGUGGUGGAGGCAGCACCACAGCUACCUGAAAUGCCAGAAAUGGAAACGGAGCCAAUAGUGGAGCUGGAUGGUGAUGAGAAGCAUGGUGGUCUUGUAAAAAGAAUCUUGGAAACAAAGAGAGAUUAUGAGACAUCGCAACAGUCAAAGUCUACAGAGAAGGAGAAGCCGCUUUUGUCAGAAGCAGCGAGGAGAAAGGAGAAGGACCUAGUAUCAAAAGAAAUAGAGAAGUUUCGUGGAUCUAUUCAGACGCUGUGUCGGAGUGCACUUCCUCUUGGGAAAAUCAUGGACUACAUUCAGGAGGACAUGGACUCCAUGAAGAACGAACUGCAAAUGUGGCAGCAUGAGAACAAACAGCAUGCAGAGGCUCUCCAGAAGGAGCAGAGCAUCACAGACAGCGCUGUGGAGCCCUUAAAAGCAGAGCUGGCUGAGUUGGAACAGUUGAUUAAAGACCAGCAAGACAAGAUUUGUGCUGUAAAGGCUAAUAUUUUAAAGAAGGAAGAAAAAAUCCAGAAGAUGGUUCUUAACAUUAACUUAUCUAUGAGAAGGUGAAAAGAAGGAUGAACUUAUAUUCUUACCAAAUAAAGACAGAAAAGGGAAAAGAAUGAAGAGAAACUGUGUACAAAUAAAGCGCCCAAGAACAAUGACCUAAAUAUUUCAUAUUAGUUUAUACACGUUACAUUCAAUUUACUUGUGAGAUUGGUAUUAUCCACGUCAAAUUACAUGAAUUCAGAUAUCUUCUAGAGCUUUUAAAGUAUCUCUUUUAAGUGUCUUUAGACAUAGGCUGCUAUGAUACAGUUAUGUGCUAUUUAUAACCCACUUGCCCUCCCUGACCCCUUUUUAUAACUAUCUGCUGUUCAAACUUGCCCCUUUUUUCCUACUGUGUACCCAUUUUGGUUACUUUUGGGCAAUAGUGGGCUACCCUGAUGUCAUGAAAAAUGGUAUUAAGUACCGUUUUUGCAGAAAGUUCUGAAAUCCCUACAGAUCAGAAUGGUCUGCAAUACCUUCCAUGAUUUACAAGUCCUGAAAAAAAACCACGUUGUUUAUCAUAUGGCUCCUUAUAUCGUCACAAGGGUGAUGUCAUAUUUCCAUAGCUCUCAAGGAAUUUUAUUAGGGGGCCUAUAAAAUUUAGUACAAGCAUCACCAUGGAAGGGAUCUAAAGUAUUUUAUAUGUACAGGUGUUAAUUCCAUUUUUAUUGCAUACAUUCAUUUGGAAAGGUUUCACUGAAGUACCAAUUUCCUCCCAAAUGCAUGUUCAUGUAUGAUUUUUGUACAUGAAUAAUUCCAAUGAUUUUAGUUAACUGCUGCUGUGUUUUCCUGCUGACCUCUCCAGCGUACUGUGUGUAAGGGUCCAGCCUUGCAUGUUCAUGAAUUUGAAAAGCAUAUUCAAAUGUGGCACAAAUUAGUGCCCUGCAACCUGAUCAGGACCCAACUACAAAUGUCAGGUCCGGGUUGGGUGGGAAAACAACUAGACUGUUCCAGGGUCAGGUCUGCUCUCCGCCACUCCUGCUCAUGGGUGCAGUGUUGGCUACGUACCCCCUCUUGCUGGCCGCCACCACCUUGAUGCGGUCCAGAAUGAGUGAGCCUGCUGAGGAGUGGCAGGACCUCUUGCUCCACAGGUGCACGCAGCAGCAGGGUCAGCGGAUGGCACGAGCAGGGCAUGCCGCUGCUGUUGCACUAACCCCAAGCAGGAAGAGCCGUGCCGACCCCAGUGGCAGGAGGCGGCAGUGGCUACUCAGGUGCGGGGGCAAGAGCUGGAGUGGGGUCAGGUUGGAAAACAAAUCAACCCUCUUGGGCUUGGGUUCUGCUUAAAAAUUAGGCCUGAUCAGACCUCUGUUAAAAGUACGUUGAGCUCAACUUAAUGUGAAACGCAGAGAAUUCUAGCUUCCUGCAAAGUGUAGGCCAUUCUUUCAAGGUUUUAUAAUGUACAAGUACCUCUUCGGUUCCAUUUUUGUAUUGAGUGUAAACUAGAAAACAUUGGUCUGUAUGUUAGCAAACAUGCACUGUGUGGCGGCUUGACCUUUUCAGACAUGUUUCUCAAAAGCUACAAAAUGUGACAUUUUAGAUGCUCUUUAUAGGAGAGAGAUGAAUGGAUGAAUCUCCAUUUUCAACCUUGGUAUGUCACUGUUGAUAGGAAUUUUAAAGAAGCAUUGGGGACUUAAAACUGGUUCAGUGCAGUAUUUCAGUUAGCUCUGGACUAGGCUGUAAUUGAACUGAUCAGUCUAAAUUGUAGAACAAGGUUUAUACUGUGAGAGCAUGCACUUGCUGGCUUUAAAUGAUUGAUUCUUUACUCAUUUUUUCUAGAUAGGUUCAUCACUAAUGAGAGUUUUGGGAUGACAUCUUAGUACAGUUCAGUUUUCUGAGCGGAAUAUUUGUUCUUUAAGGAAUAUUACAAAUAUCAUUUCAAAUGUGUUUGUGGAAUAAGCAAAAUAAUCCCUUUGAGUAGGAUGCCAUGUUGCUUUCCUUGGAAAGGCUCUAUGAAAAAACUACCAAGACCUCUGAUACACUGGAGUUAAGGUCUUUCUUUGUAAUCGGUCAAAAAUGUUAAGCUAAAAGAUUAGGUACAAGUCUUUGUUUAUGCUAGAACUAAGCCACCUGUGUUGAUUGGCACUUGGAAGUUAGUCUUAAUUAUACACUCUCAACAUGAGAAGUUCUGUUGAUCUUCAAGGUCCUAUGUAAGCCUUCCAUAAAUCUGUAAAUACGACUAGGACUGUUUAUGUAGAAAAACUUAACAAAUAUACUGUGUGUGAGCAAAAAUUUGUACAAAGUAGAAUAUCAAAUUGUAUCAUAAAAUUAUUUUUCUUUUAUAUAAAAAUCAUUAAAAAUGAUCACCUAUUUUUUUUAUGAA